CGGAAAGUGCGUGCCACGUCUACAUAUCCCUUCGGACUGAACGCUGCCCAAUUUCUCCCACAACCUCACGCCGGCCACCACAAAUCGUUGCGUUGUUCACCUCCGCCUCCGGGCACCAGCUACAUCGCGCUAUCAUGUCUUUGGCACCCAAGACCGAAUCGCAUCGCAUCUUCGAGCAGCUCAAACGCCGCGCGCCCAACAAAAUCUGCUUUGACUGCGGCGGCAAGAAUCCUACAUGGUCGUCGGUGCCAUUCGGAAUCUAUCUGUGCCUCGACUGCUCCGCCCAUCACCGGAACUUGGGCGUGCACAUCUCCUUCGUCCGGUCCACCAACCUCGAUCAAUGGCAAUGGGACCAGCUGAGGCGCAUGAAAGUGGGAGGCAAUGAAUCUGCGAAGACCUUCUUUCAACGCAACGGAGGCUCGGCGGCGUUGAACAGCAAAGACCCAAAGACAAAGUACACCUCGAAUGCGGCAGUCAAGUACAAGGAGGAGCUUCAGCGACGAGUAGAGGCCGACCAGAAGAGAAACCCUGACGGGAUCGUGAUCGAGGAGGAGGCAGGCGAUGAAGGGCCAGAGAGCGGCACCAGCACACCCGCAAACGGAGAUGACGACUUUUUCAGCAGCUGGGACAAACCGGCGGUCAAGAGAAGCAGCAACCCACCAUCUCGAACGGGGACGCCGAGCCAAGCAGGUCGAGCAAGCCCGUUCUUGAACCCAGGAGCUGCCAACGGCAACGGCACUGCGAGACCCAAGAGCCCUCUCAAUCCCACAAAUGCAGAAGAUGCUAAGCCGGCGCCGAGCAGAGCUGUACCCAGUGCCGCGAGGAAGACUACAGUGGCAUCGAAGCCAAAGGCGAACAUUUUGGGUGCCAAAAAGACUAAGCUCGGAGCGAAGAAGGUCGACGCUGGAGCUCUAGACUUUGAUGAAGCUGAGAAGAAGGCCAAAGAAGAGGAAGAGAGAAAGGCAAAAUUGGGCUACGAUCCUGACGACGUUGAGACUCCUUCUGAAGCUGGAAUCGCUGCCAAGCAGCCUGGUGCUGAGACGAGCACGAUCCAUCAGCCUACACCUCUUAGCCCUGGGAGAAGUGGUAGCUACGGUAAUCCAAAGCCAAGGGAGAGGAGCGACAGCGAGAUGGAGCGACUAGGCAUGGGCGUUCGAAAGCUUGGAUUCGGAAUGGUUGGACAACAGAAGAAGCCCGCUGCCGCUGCUGGUGCGGCAAAGAUUGGUGGCUUUGGCUCAACAUCCCGAGCCGCUCCUGUUGAAGACGACAGCGAACGCUACGCCCGCGAUAAAUUCGGCGCCCAGAAAGGCAUCGGCUCCGACGAGUUCUUCGGCCGCGGCGCAUUCGACAGCAACGCCCAAAACGAAGCCAAGUCACGGUUGCAGAACUUCGAAGGGCAGACGUCGAUUUCUUCCAACGCGUACUUUGGCCGACCGGAAGAGGAAGGGCCAGAAGAGUAUGGGGAUCUGGAGGGCGCUGCGAAGGAUUUUGUUAGGAAAUUUGGCAUUCAGGCGGGUGAUGAUUUGGAGAAUGUUUCAGCAUUGCUUGGGGAGGCGGGCAGUAAGCUGCAGGGCGCUAUUAGGAGCUAUUUGAACUCUUAAAUUGGUUGGCGUGGAGUGGUGGUGACCAUGGGAAGGGUUCGUGAGCGACAGAGAGAGCGACUUAGAUUGUCUGGCUACUAUGUGUGGCUGUUGAGC